CCUUAAGACGGAAAAAACCUAAGCAGAUGUUGGAAGAUGUAUAAGUCGAGGCUUCAGGAGCUGUGCCAAAAGAGAGGGUGGAGCCUGCCGGAGUACAACUCCACGAAGCAGGGUCAAGACCACAACCCCCGCUUUGAAGCCGCCGUCGUUGUUAACGGCCUCAACUUUCAGUCGAAGAAUCCGGCCAAGUCCUCCAAGGAUGCACAGAACGACGCGGCUCACGUCGCCUUCCUUCAUUUCUCUUCUCCUCCUCCUCCCACUCCUCUUCCUCCUCCUGGUUCUUCAAAUCAGGCUAUAAAUUUGGAUAAUAAUAUUGUCAAGAGUACUUUACAAGUUGAAAGACAAGAAGCAAAUCAAAGUUCCCAGGUGCUUGGAACUGCCUCUGUUGUCAAAGAUAAUGAUGAUAGAUUCAAAGAUGAGCAACAUUUGUUCAAGAACCUCCUCCAGAGCUUCACUCAGAAGAGAAAUCUCAAUCAACCAGUGUAUUCUUGUGAAUAUGAGGGCCCUCCUCAUCUUAGGCGCUUCAGGUGUAAGGUCACUGUUGAUGGACAAACCUAUGAGGGUUUAGAGUUCUUCUCAACAAUGAAGGACGCCGAACAUGCUGCUGCAAAAAUUGCUUUAACAUCUUUAUCACCAGUUGGAUUUCAAGAGGAUGACUCUAGCUUUUACAAGAACCUUUUACAAGAACUAGCUCAAAAAGAAGGUUAUCAGUUGCCAGUUUACAGUACGACCAGAUUAGGUGAAGCCCAUGCACCAACUUUUGUUUCUACUGUAGAGGUGGAAGGAGAGGAAUUCCCAGGAUCAAAAGCAAAAACUAAGAAGCAGGCUGAGAUUUGUGCUGCAAAGGUUGCUUAUACAAUGUUAAAAGAGCGCAAGUUAAAUAGGACCUCUGCCAUUCUUACUCCUACCCCUGGUGGACGAGAAGUGUCUGACCUUUCAUCUUGUGACUCUUGGUCAAAUCUCAGUGCUACUCAGCAACAGAAUGUCAUACCUAUUCCUCCCCCGACAUCUAAUCCUAAUUUGACUUUACAAGAGAGUGCAGACAAGGAUAUAGAUAUAGUAAUCGACAGUGUUAGUUUGGCCAACAAAAAGGUUGACAACGUUAGUAAUCAUAAUCUCUCCAAUUCAUUCCCACAACCAGAUAUGUUAAGUUGGGAGACUGGCUCAUCCUCAUCUGAAGCAAAUGUUCCUCUGCCUGAAGAUGUUCCUCUGCCUGAAGAUGUUCUUUUGCCUGAAGAUCACCUUUCAUCUUCUCCAACUUCUGAUUACUUGUCUACUGCUGCUAACUUCGCCAGUGAUUCAAGCAUGAAUAUGCCAGUUGAAAUAAAAUCCUUCUCUGGGUCUGGCAACCGGGUUGAAGUCCGCCCACGUGUACCAAACAUGAAAUUCCCUGCUGGCUGCACUGUCCUGUCCAUAAGUGACGACAAAUGGGUCGCCAUGAAGUUUGAAUCUCAACCAAGCCAGUAACGUUGUUCCAGUGCUUGCAAUUAUGGGGUUCAAAGAGCUGCCCUACCUGUAACCUCUUUCUUUGUGCAUACCUGUAACCUUUUUCUUUGUAUUCUAACUAUUUUCAUUUUUCUUGGCAAAUAAAUUAGUGCUUUGUCAUUGUUAUUAAUUUUGGAUGACUACAAAAUCAAGUGUAAAUUUAAAAGUUAACAUUCACCGUUUAUUGUCUUUGGAUGAUUUUACCCAUCUCCGAGAUACAUAGUCUUAUUAGCAUGUCCUUCGAAGACAUGCUCAGGGCUUAGCAAACUCGAAGUC